AUGGCGCUUCGACCGGAAGCCGUGGCGAUUCAGCCCGCGAGCGCGAGCGAGCACGCCUUCUUGCGGGAUAACUUUGAUUUAUUGUUCCCGUCCACCGAUCCCUUGGAUCGGUCGACGUUUCACGCGCUGGCGAAGCUCAUUUUAGUGCGCCGCAUCGUCAAGGCGUUGGUCACGGAUUUCGGCGGCGUCGAACGCAUUCGACGCGGACUCGCCGAGCCGCUCGUCAUCGACGUCCAAGUCGUCGUCGAGGGCGACGUGGUGUUUCGCGUGCACACGGUCGCGCCGAAAAGUGACGCCGUGAGCGGCGUGGGACAGCGUUUAGGGGUAAUUUCCGAAUAG